GCCGGCGGCUGCGGCGGUGGCGGCGGCGGCGCCUCGGGCCCAGGCCCCGGGCUGCCGUGCUCCGGGCUCUGCGUCCUGCCGGCCGGGCGCUCGCUGCGGGGCUGCAUUCGGCUGCCGGACCCGCCGCCGAUUCGCGGAGGACGCGCGGGCGAACGGAUGCGGAGACUGCCGGAGGGCUGCUCGGCGGUGGCGGCCCGCGCCGUGUCGCUCACUCCCGCCGCUCCCGCCCGCAGCCGCUGUUUCUCGGCGCCGCCCGCCCCGCCUCCCGAGAGGCUUCGGGGACUAGACGUUGGAAGCGGAUCCUUCCAGCGCUGCACCCGGGUCCGCCGCCUCCUCCGAGAAGCCCCCCAGGCCCCACCCUCCUCUUCCUCCGGGAAGCCCCCGGCCUAGCCCUCCUCCUCCGGGAAGCCCCCCAGGCCUUGCUCUCCUCCUCCAAGAAGCCCUCCACAGGCCUCGUCCUUCUCCUCCGAGAAGCCCCCCUAGGCCUCGCCUUCCUCCUCCUCCAGGAAGCCCCCCAGGCCUCCCCCUCCUCCUCCCCAGGGAAGCCCCCCUAAGCCUCGCCCUCCUCCGAGGAGCCCCCCCUAAGCCUCGCUCUCUUCCUCCGAGGAGCCCCCCAGGCCUCGCCCUCCUCCCCCGAGAAGCCCCCCUAAGCCUCGCCCUCCUCCUCCGAGGAGCCCCCCUAAGCCUCGCCCUCUCUCUCCUCCUAGGCCCCCCCCAAGUUUUGCCCUCCUCUUCCCCCGGAAGCAUGCUAGUCACGGGGUCGUAGGACUCCACGGUAGCCAGGUGGAGUCGUAGGACUCCCCGCUCCCCCGACCCCCUAACUUGCUCUUCUCCAGGGAGCCCCGGGGCCCCGCGGCACCAAGAGGCCGAAUGGGAUCCCGAGGCCACUCCGCCCGCGUCCGCCUCACGCGCCCCUUCAGCGCCAGGGCUGGGGGAGCCGCGCCUGCGCCCCGCGGCGCCCUUGUCGCGGGGUCUGGCUGUCCAGGCCUGGGGGCCCGGGUGUCAGGCUGGUAGCGGGAAGGAAGGCGCCGGCCUCCCCACUGCCUUCGCCCCGUGCGGCGUCCCCGAGAAGGGCCGCCGUCUGUACCCAGAGGGCCGUGGACGGGGAGCGCCCUGCGUGGUGUUCGUGGCGCUGGCCCGGUCUCCGCGGAUCCGAGGCGAAGCCAGCCUGGCCCUCGGGUCGCCCGUCUUUUGUCGAGCUGCCGACAUCAGUGCGGUUCCCACCGCCCCUCGCGUUUUCUACUGGACCGUCUGCUUUUUAUUGUUGAUUUGUGAGAGCUCUUUGCAUAGGGGCCCCGCCGUCGCAGCCUGGCGUCCUCGCAAGCGCGUGCCCUCGGAGCGCCGGGUGGGCUGCGGGCGCGGCGGGACUCCUGGUCUCUCUUCCCCGGGGAGGACACCGGCGUCGCCGCGUCCUACGGAGCCGGGCGCCGAGCAGGAGGCGCAUCUGGGCCCCACCGGGGCUGCCCGCAACCGAGCACGCGAACGCGCCCUCCCGCCCUGAGGCCGCCGGCGCUGCGGUCGGAGAACCGUAGAGCCACUUGGCUGGGCGUGGCGCGGCGGGGCGGGGCCUGGACGGCGGAAGUGCGCAGCCGCGCGGCAUUCUGGGGCCGGAAGUGGGGCGCACGCUGCGGGCUGGUGUCAUGGCAGCUGCGCGGAGCCGCAAGAGGCGCCUGGCGGAGCUGACGGUGGACGAGUUCCUAGCUUCGGGCUUUGACUCCGAGUCCGAAUCCGAGUCCGAAAACUCCCCAGAAGCGGAGACGCGGGAGGCACGCGAGGCUGCCCGGAGUCCGGAUGAGCCGGGCGGGAGCCCCUCGGCCAGCCGGCGUAAAGGCCGUGCCUCUGAGCACAAAGACCAGCUUUCUCGGCUGAAGGACAGAGACCCCGAGUUCUACAAGUUCCUGCAGGAGAAUGACCAGAGCCUGCUAAACUUCAGCGACUCGGACAGCUCUGAGGAGGAAGAGGAGCCGUUCCACUCCCUGCCAGAUGUGCUGGAGGAAGCCAGUGAGGAGGAGGAUGGAGUGGAGGGCGGGGACGAUGGGGACAGAGUCCCCAGAGGGCUGAAGGGGACGAAGAAUUGUGUUCCUGUGACCCUCGCCAUGGUUGAGAGAUGGAAGCAGGCAGCAAAGCAACGCCUCACUCCAAAGCUGUUCCAUGAAGUGGUACAGGCGUUCCGAGCAGCUGUGGCCACCACCCAAGGGGACCAGGAAAGUGCUGAGGCCAACAAAUUCCAGGUCACGGACAGCGCUGUGUUCAAUGCUCUGGUUACCUUCUGCAUCAGAGACCUUAUUGGCUGUCUCCAGAAGCUGCUGUUUGGAAAGGCGGCAAAGGACAGCAGCAGGAUGCUGCAGCCGUCUAGCAGUCCGCUCUGGGGGAAGCUCCGUGUGGACAUCAAGGCAUACCUGGGCUCGGUCACACAGCUGGUGUCCUGUCUGGCGGAGACGACGGUGUUGGCAGCCGUGCUGCGGCACAUCAGCGUGCUGGUGUCCUGCUUCCUGACCUUCCCCAAGCAGUGCCGCAUGCUGCUCAAGAGAAUGGUGGUCGUAUGGAGCACUGGGGAGGAGUCCCUGCGGGUGCUGGCUUUCCUGGUCCUCAGCAGAGUCUGCCGGCACAAGAAGGACACUUUCCUCGGCCCCGUCCUCAAGCAAAUGUACAUCACGUAUGUGAGGAACUGCAAGUUCACCUCGCCUGGUGCCCUCCCCUUCAUCAGUUUCAUGCAGCGGACGCUGACGGAGCUGCUGGCCCUGGAGCCGGGUGUGGCCUACCAGCACGCCUUCCUCUACAUCCGCCAGCUCGCCAUACACCUGCGCAAUGCCAUGACCACCCGCAAGAAGGAAACGUACCAGUCUGUGUACAACUGGCAGUACGUGCACUGCCUCUUCCUGUGGUGCCGGGUCCUCAGCACUGCGGGUCCCAGCGAAGCCCUCCAGCCCUUGGUCUACCCGCUUGCCCAGGUCAUCAUUGGCUGUAUCAAGCUCAUCCCCACUGCCCGCUUCUACCCGCUGCGAAUUCACUGCAUCCGUGCCCUGACGCUGCUCUCGGGGAGCUCGGGGGCCUUCAUCCCAGUGUUGCCUUUCAUCCUGGAGAUGUUCCAGCAGGUCGACUUCAACAGGAAGCCAGGGCGCAUGAGCUCCAAGCCCAUCAACUUCUCCGUGAUCCUGAAGCUGUCCAAUGUCAACCUGCAGGAGAAGGCAUACCGGGAUGGCCUGGUGGAGCAGCUGUACGACCUCACCCUGGAGUACCUGCACAGCCAGGCACACUGCAUCGGCUUCCCGGAGCUAGUGCUGCCUGUGGUCCUGCAGCUGAAGUCGUUCCUCCGGGAGUGCAAGGUGGCCAACUACUGCCGGCAGGUGCAGCAGCUGCUUGGGAAGGUUCAGGAGAACUCGGCGCACAUCUGCAGCCGCCGCCAGAGGGUUUCCUUCGGCGUCUCUGACCAGCAGGCAGUGGAAGCCUGGGAGAAGCUGACCCGGGAAGAGGGGACCCCCCUGACCUUGUACUACAGCCACUGGCGCAAGCUGCGUGACCGGGAGAUCCAGCUGGAGAUCAGUGGCAAAGAGCGGCUGGAAGACCUGAACUUCCCUGAAAUCAAAAGAAGGAAGGUGGCUGACAGGAAGGAUGAGGACAGGAGGCAAUUUAAAGACCUCUUUGACCUGAACAGCUCUGAAGAAGACGACACCGAGGGAUUCUCGGAGAGAGGGAUACUGAGGCGCCUGAGCACUCGGCAUGGGGUGGAAGAGGAUGAAGAGGACGAGGAGGACAGCAGCAACUCGGAGGGUCAAUGGUCUUGGGAUGGAGACCCAGACGCAGAGGCGGGGCUGGCUCCUGGGGAGCUGCAGCGGCUGGCCCAGGGGCCGGAGGACGAGCUGGAGGAUCUGCAGCUUUCAGAGGAGGACUGAGGCAGCCCAUCUGGGGGCCUAUAGGGGCCGCUGGGCUGGUGGCCAGUGUUUCCCCCUCUCCGGCAGUCAGGCCUAGAGACUGGCAUCUGUGCAGCUGGGGGAGGCAGUCGACAGGGGACAGGCUUUAUUAUUUAUUUUUCAGCGUGAAAGACCAAACGUACCGAGACCUGGACUGGGCUGGGCUGGCGUGGGUGCUGAAACCCCACAGCUGUGGGCUGUUGAAGUCAGUUCCGCGGGGGAGCUGACCCUGACGUCAGCAGACUGAGACCAGUCCCAGUUCCAAGGGGAAGGCCUGCAGGCCCCUGGCCCCUUCCACCACCUCUGCCCUCCGCCUGCAGACCUCGUCCAUCCGCAUCAGGCUCUGCAUUCACUCCCCCAAGUCUUUGGAAAUGUGUUCCUUUCUUUUGAAGCCACAGUUUCCUUUAAAAUUUUUUGUUUUGCAUCCAAAACCGAAAGAAAUAAAGCUGUGGGAGGCAGCCCAUUGUAUUGA